CUCCCUUCCCACUACUCCUCCUCCUCGUCUUCCUCCUACUCUUCCUCCUGCUCCUCUUCCGGUGCCGGCUGUCCCCGCCCCUCCUCUGCGUCACAUGCGGCACAUCGUUACGAGCAAAUGGAGCGCAGCCACUAUAUCCACUGACCUGGAUUGAGGAGGUUCUGGAUCUCCGUCAGUGGAAUGAGAAGACUCCUUCGCAGCUGCCUCUAUGUUUCCUGAACGUGACCAUCGUCCCUCCAUCCGCCCACGCGCACGUGUCACGCGAAGCUGGACAAACUACAGUUGAAUAUUGAGCGCUGAUCGGAUCCACUGUUCGGAUGGAGCCGGGACGGAGAGGCCAAUCAGGGGAGGUCCCGGAGCCGCGGCGCCGGAGGAGGAGCAGCAUCCUCCCGAAGAGACCCCUGUGACCUCAUCACCCUCCUACUGAACCUGGUUAAAAUACCUGGAGAGCCUUCACAGCUUCAUCAUCCUCUGCAUGGAAGUGGAAGGAUAGGGCAGGGCAACAGCUUCUCCUCCAGAGACCAGACCUCAUCACCUGAAGAGCAGCUCCACUGAAGCUAAUGGAUCUAAAGAGAGUGCUGUCCUUCCCUCCAUACCCUGGGGAUUAUCUGCAUCCAGUGGUGUAUGCCUGUACUGCUGUCAUGCUGCUCUGCUUGCUCGUCUCCAUCAUGACUUACAUAGUACACCACAGUGUGAUCCGCAUCGGCAGAAAUGGCUGGCACACUCUGCUCAACUUCCUCUUCCACACAGGACUGACAUUUGGAGUUUUUGCUGGAGGCAUCAACCAGAUCAACUUCCCUUUUGUUUGUCAAAUAGUUGGUGUUGUGCUCCAUUAUUCUUCUUUGUCAACGAUGCUGUGGCUGACAUUCACUGCUAGAAACAUUUGGAAGGAUGUGUCUAAAGACCCACUUCGGUCCAAGGACAGGAACGGGCCGGUCCAGACGCGUACCAAACCGACCAUCCUGAGGUUUUAUCUGGUCAGUGAUGGAAUUCCUCUCAUUAUUGUUGGAGUAACUGCAGCGUUUGGUUUGGAAAACUACGGCAGCAGGGACGAUGCUAUGUACUGCUGGAUGGCCUGGGAACCGAGCCUGGGUGGUUUUUAUGCCCCGAUGAGUCUUCUGGUCUUAGUCAUGUCUCUCUACUUCUUGUGCACCUACAUCCAGCUGAAGCGCCACCCAGAGAGGAAGUAUGAGCUGCAGCUUCUGAGUGAGGAGCAGCAGCAGUUGUCAUCCAGUGAGUCAAACCAUCACUGCCACUCUGACGGUGUGGGGGCCUCAGGGCCUGCCGGGGACUGUACGCCAUUUUCUGCUGGUGUAUCGGUGCUGGCUAAUGAGCACUCCUUUAAAUCCCAGCUUCGGGCCACAGUCUUUACCCUCUUUCUGUUCCUGGCUACGUGGGCCUUGGGAGCGUUGGCGGUCUCACUGGGACACUUCCUGGACAUGAUCUUCAGCUGCCUGUACGGGGCUUUUUGUGUCACUCUGGGACUCUUCCUUCUCAUUCAGCACUGUGCCAAACGUGACGAUGUGUGGAGCCGUUGGUGGGCUUGUUGCCCAUCCAAGUCCAAGACAGAUGGUGGAAACUGUGACCAGAGCCAAAGGCAGGAGCUCCAUCAGCCACACUGCCACCUGAGCUCCCCAUGCUCAGGAAAGCAGCCGCUACUUUCCCCCCACCUUUUACAGAGUUCUUAUGACAAAAUGACGCCACCUCAUGUGAGUCCCACUCCCAGCCACUCAGGUCCGUGCUGCGUGACUGUGAUGAGUCCUGCAUCCCCUGUUUCAUCCCUCACAGAGCCGCUGCCAUCUCCACGUCCACAGACGCUUCCUGAUGAGCUUCCUCGUCCAACUCUCCCCUUACAGAGCUGUUUUACUGACAGAGCAAAGUCCCGCUCCUUUAACCGGCCACGUCCAUGCCUCCAGGACUACCGCUCACACAUGGCGUCCCUCAGUAUGGAUGGGAGUGUGCACAGCUCCCACCUGGACAGCCCUCACACAACUGGUUCACCGUUAGUUUCCAACAGCCCACACCCAGACCUCCAGCUGCCGUGUCCCAGCCCUCCACUAGAGAAGCAGCUGGCGCCCUGCCAUGCCUUGCAGCGGCAGACAUCCAGCCACAGCAUCCAGGACUCCGUGACUUCCCGUCACAGCCUUGUCCACAACAUGCAUGACAGCAUCGCUUCCUGUCAGAGCCUCUUCCUUCCUUCUCACGGGGUGCAUACCUGCCAGUGGCACCUUUAUGGCCUGACUGAUCACCCUUCCAAUACCAGCUGUUGCGAGAAACCUGAUCCCUUCACUUUGCAAUAUCAGCAAGACCCCGACGCUUACUGCUGCAGGUCAAAGACAGCGAGCAAGGACAAGGAGAAUCAUUGUCUGGACGUGGAGCAGAGAAGCUUCCCGAGAAACACCUUGCCUCGACAGCAUGCCACUGUCAGCCGUCGAGGAGCCAUUGGUCGAAACAGGAGUCUGCAAGAAGAUGGCCUGUUUGGUUCAGAUACAACAGGAAAUAUACGCACUGGUCCCUGGAAGAACGAAACCUCCGUAUAGUUUCCUUCUGCUUGGAGCUGUAUGACUUUGGAAGUGUUUGGGUCUGCUUGCCUUGAGCUUUGCCCUUCAACCACAGGUUGAGUUUUCAGCGAUUUUGUUAUCCCAGCAAUGUUUGAGCUAUUUAUAAAAAAAGAUAAAUAACUUUAGGAGUGAUGCUAAUCAGUUUUUGUAAAUUAUCUUCAUUCAAAUCAAAGUUUAAUCCAUAUUUCACUCUGAGACCUUUAAAGCUGCUCAUCAGCACAGUUUCAGUGGACUCAGAAGACAUUACUCUCUGAAUUGUAGAGAUUUCAUAAUUUUCUUCUCAUCAACUCCUUUUCAUUUAUUAGUAUUCAUUCAUCAUUUCAUCCUUCCUAACACUUCCACCAUUCAGGUGAAAAAGUUUCAGG